UGUGACGCAGCGAGCGAGGAGCGCGCGAGGUGACCGUUAUGGCGGUGCAGCCGCGGGAGAAGCUGAGCUGGGAGGGCGGGCAGGACGGCGGGCUGCAGGCCUUCCACAGCUCCCUGCCGGACAAGCCCCGCACCACCCUCAGGGUGUUCGAGCGCAGCGACUACUACACCGUCCACGGCAAGGAUGCCAUCUUCGCCGCCAAGGAGGUCUUCAAAACCAGCGGCGUCAUCAAGUACCUCGGCACAGGAAGCAAUAAGUUGGAAAGUGUUGUACUCAGUAAGAUGAACUUUGAAUCGUUGGUCAGGGAUCUGUUGCUGAUCCGACAAUACCGUGUUGAGGUUUACAGGAAUAAAGCUGGGAGUAAGUCCUCAAAGGAGAAUGACUGGUAUUUGGCGUGCAAGGCUUCUCCUGGUAACUUGACCCAGUUUGAAGAGAUUCUCUUUGGCAGCAGUGACAUGUCUGCUGCAGCUGGUGUUGUUGGUGUUAAACUGGGCACUGCAGAUGGACAAAGGGUUGUUGGAAUUGGCUAUAUUGACUCAACACUCCGGAAGUUAGGAGUGUGCGAGUUUCCAGACAGUGAUCAGUUUUCGAACCUUGAGGCGAUGCUGGUGCAGAUUGGGCCGAAGGAGUGUAUAUUAUCGAGUUCUGAGACGGCAGGAGAUAUGGCCAAACUCCGUCAGGUAGUUCAACGAGGAGGCAUCUUGAUAACUGACCGAAAGAAAAAUGAAUUUACAAAUAAAGAUAUCGUUCAGGAUUUGAACCGCCUGCUGAAAGCAAAGAAAGGGGAGCAGGUGUCCAGUGCUGCUUUGCCAGAGAUGGAAAAGCAGGUUGCCAUGGCCUCGGUUUCUGCUGUCAUCAAAUAUUUGGAGCUCCUCUCUGAUGAAACUAACUUUGGGCAGUACCAGCUGAUGACGUUUGACCUGAACCAGUACAUGAGGCUGGACAAUGCAGCUGUGCUUGCGCUCAACCUCUUCCAGGGUUCGUCAGAAGACGCCCAUGGUACACAGUCGCUGGCCGGCCUGCUGAACAAAUGCAGGACCCCUCAGGGACAGCGCCUAGUUAACCAGUGGAUCAAGCAACCCCUGAUGGAUAAGAACAGAAUUGAGGAGAGGCUUAACCUGGUGGAGGCCUUUGUGGAAGACCCAGAGCUUCGGCAGAAUCUACAGGAGGAUUUGCUGCGGCGAUUUCCUGACAUAAGCCGACUAUCAAAGAAGUUCCAGCGUCAUACAGCACACCUACAAGACUGCCACCGGAUCUACCAGGCUGUGAAUCAACUCCCAAAUGUAGUGCAGGUGCUAGAGAGAUAUGAAGGAACGCAUCAGAUGAUGUUGAAAGCUGCAUUCAUCUCACCGCUAACAGACCUAAUCGCCGAUUUCUCCAAGUUUCAGGAAAUGAUUGAGACAACUUUAGACAUGAAUCAGGUGGAAAACCACGAAUUUUUGGUGAAACCGUCUUUUGACCCAAAUCUAACUGAACUGAGAGAGAAGAUGGAUGAACUGGAGAAAAAUAUGCAGUCAACUCUGAACCAUGCUGCCAGGGAGUUAGGGCUUGAAGCAGGCAAGACUAUGAAACUGGAAUCAAGUAUUCAGUUAGGUUACUAUUUCCGAGUUACCUGCAAGGAGGAAAAGGCUCUUCGCAACAACAAGAAAUUUAAUACCAUAGACAUACAGAAGAAUGGAGUUCGGUUUACAAACAGCAAGCUGAGUUCCUACAACGAAGACUAUAUGAAGAGCAGGGAGGAGUAUGAAGAGGCCCAGGAUGUAAUUGUGAAAGAAAUCAUUAAUAUCUCUGCAGGAUAUGUGGACCCUCAACAGACACUAAAUGAUGUGAUUGCUCAACUGGAUGCAGUGGUGAGCUUUGCCCACGUAGCUAAUGGAGCACCAGUGCCGUAUGUGCGGCCUGUGAUUCUUGAAAGAGGCCAAGGACAGCUUAUCCUGAAGGGCUCCAGGCAUCCCUGCAUUGAGGUUCAGGAUGAGGUAGCCUUCAUUCCCAACGACGUCACCUUCGAGAAGGAUAAACAGAUGUUUCAUAUAAUAACCGGUCCAAACAUGGGUGGAAAAUCCACAUAUAUCCGCCAGACGGGUGUGGUUGUGCUGAUGGCCCAAAUCGGUUGCUUUGUGCCCUGUGACUCCGCAGAGGUCACCAUUGUGGACUGCAUCAUGGCUCGAGUCGGUGCUGCAGACAGUCAGCUCAAAGGAGUAUCAACCUUCAUGGCCGAAAUGCUGGAGACUGCAGCUAUCUUGAGGUCGGCGACUGAACACUCCCUGAUUAUUAUUGAUGAGCUGGGCAGAGGCACUUCUACGUAUGAUGGCUUUGGCCUGGCGUGGGCUAUAUCCGAAUACAUCUCUACAAAGAUCUGUGCCUUCUGUAUGUUUGCCACUCACUUUCAUGAACUGACAGCCCUCGCUGACCAAGUGCCAACGGUGCAUAACCUGCACGUCACCGCACUUACAACAGACGAAACAUUGACCAUGCUGUACCGUGUGAAAAAAGGGGUUUGUGACCAGAGCUUUGGGAUCCAUGUAGCCGAACUUGUCAUGUUUCCCAAACACGUCAUCGAGAAUGCCAAGGAUAAGGCACUGGAGCUGGAGGAGUUUCAGAACUUGGGGAAGUCAGAUGAUUCUGAUGAGGGCCCUGCAGCCAAGAAAUCUCGUCAAGACAAAAAGGACGGUGAAAAGAUCAUUGCAGACUUUUUGUCAGAUGUUAAGGCCUUGCCCAUGACUGAUGCGUCUGACGAAGAGAUGAAACGGGAACUGGUGAGGUUGAAGUCUGAAGUCCUGGCUAAGAAUAACCAUUUUGUUCAAGGAAUCCUUUCAAGAUCCAAAGUGGUGCCAUAAAAAUAUGGUAUUAAAGUCAGAUGUAAUUUCACAGGUGUACUGUAUAGUUUGAGUAAACGCAACCUUUUUUUUGGGAAGAGCAGAUGAGACAGUCUGAAAUAUACGUCCCAGCGAAAUGCAACCCACUGUUGUUCCCGGGGAUGGCAAACCCUUCACUCUGAGACAGUACUGUGUGGUUCCUACAAAUGGUAAGUUGGCUACGUUUGUGGUAACGGAGGAAUUACUGUCUGAAAAGGGAUCACGACCUUUUAAUUUUUUUUAACUAAAACUUCAAAGUGGGUUUUGUGGCCACAUAAAUGACCGAAUCUCUGGGCAAACUGGACCUGUAAAAAUACUAUACAAUUCCAAUAUGUGAUGUUCCUGCUAGUUGUGCACAACAGACCUAAGGCAGCCUCAAUACAUUUCAAUUCAAGGAUUUCUAUUGUUUUUUUUGUACUGAAAUUUGACUUUUACAAUAAAUAUAUUAAAGUCU